GAAAUCCUCACUAUGCAACAACGGAGAGCAGACAAACCGCGGUCACGCGAUGGAUGCAUCACUUGCAAGAUCCGUCAUGUGCGAUGUGACCAAGCUCGCCCGGCCUGCGGGCAAUGCACGAGGACCGGCCGCAAAUGCGACGGAUACGACUCCGACUUGUCUCAGAGGCAGCUCCGGGAUAAGAUCCUCGCGGGAAACGUCCAAAGACGGCCCAGCCCCAACGGACGUAUCAUCCUCUACCCCGGGACAGUCCCGGAGCGCGAGCAUGUGGCGGUGUUCUGCAUCCACACGUCGCAAGCGUUGGCCGGCUUCUUCCCCUCCGAUUUCUGGACCCGCCUGCUUCCCCAGCUCAGUCAGACCGAGCCCCUGGUGCGCCAUGCGGUCGCUGCGGUCGGUGCCGCCCAUCGAAUAUACCUGGGGGUAGGCCAUCGAGAGGAGGACUUCAUGCUCCGACAGUACAACUUGGCUAUUCGUAGCCUUUUGUCUCCGCCGGCCCCGCCCGCGGGUGAGCCCAACGGCGCACGGCAGUCUUACCUGACGCUCCUCGGCUGUAGUCUGUUCGUCUGCCUCGAGAUGCUUCGGGCGAACUACGACCAGGCGCUCGACCAUGUUGACUCCGGGCUGAAGCUGAUCUCACAGCAAAGCGACCGACUGGACGUACCGCAGCCGACCGCUGACGUCGAUACCAUCAAUCGCGAGUUGUGCGACCUCUUCGCGCGGUUCCACAUGGACCUGGCGAGCUUCAACCGCGGCAUGAGACCCCACGUGACGAGCAUUGGAGCCGGGCAUGCCAUGCCCUUCGCCUUCACCGACCUGGGUGAAGCACGUCGCCGUCUGACCCUCCUCAUGAACCAGAGCAUCUGCGCCGCUCCCGCCUUGAACACGCGCCCCGGGGCCGGAGCCAAGCCGUCCACCUGGGACCCCGGGUUUCGCGCAAUGGUCGAGGAAUUACAGGCGAAACUCGCUGCACAGGUCCGGGAAUUCCAGGCGUGGUCAGGCGCGCUCGAUCGGUUUCUGCGGACAAAGCAGGGGAUGGCGGCUGACCCACGGUCGGUGCUAGCUCUGCGCAUCGAUGCCCACUUCGCUCGAGAAUUUACAUCGGUGGGGUCCACCUUGAUCCAGUUCCGCGCUGACGAGCGGGAAGCCGACCGGUUCAACCCCAUUCUCUCGAUGGUCGAAAAGCUUCUACGGUUGGAGGAUCGUCGCCGCGAGCCAGGCGAUCACCACCGACUGUUCUCCCUGGAUGCGGGCAUCAUUCGCGCCCUGCAAUGGGUCGCCACUCACUGCCACCAGCCUGUAGUCCGCCGACAUGCCAUGCGACUGCUGUCGGAGUGUCCGCGGCAGGAAGGGCUCUGGAAUUCGCAGCGCGCGCUCCGGAUCGGAGAGACCGUCGUCGGUAUCGAAGAGGCGGGUCUGUCUGACCUCCCGACCGAGCAGCGCAUCCCGCGAGUCCCGCAUCAUCUUCGUCUCGCCGUCGACGACUGGAGCGCCCGAACGACAUCGCUCCUCCUCAUAUCGGAACCGGACGGGCCAGGGGGGGAGAUGCAAUAUCGGCAAGAGGUAGUGGACUGGUCAUGACAGGUGGACGAAAAGACGAAGAGAACAGAAUGGCCUCUCUCUCGCCAGGAGAUAAGCCAGGAGAUACAUACCCACAACGCAUAGACUAGCAGAGCGAACCCAGCCGAACCCACAAUAUAUCCACAUGGUCUAGA